AAGGGUGUGAACCAACUGUAGCAAACCGUACCUUUCCCCAAGAUAUUUUCUAUAAAUUAGGUUCUUUCCUUUCGCAUCUCUUUGUCGUGUUCUUGCAGUGAAAAAUUAAAGAGCCUCGAAAACUUCCCAGACUUGUCUCCGUCUCUUUCUUAUUCUCUCACAGGUUUUAGCUUCUGAAUAUUUCACAUCCCCUAAACCAAAGAAAAAAAAUGAGCAAAUUCUGGACUUUCCUCACUGCUCUUCAUUCAGGCGCUGGGCCCCUGGUGAUGUUGCUGUAUCCAUUGUACGCAUCGGUGGUAGCAAUGGAGAGCUCGACGAAAGUAGACGAUGAACAGUGGCUAGCGUACUGGAUCAUAUACUCGUUCAUCACACUCGCGGAGCUGAUUCUGCAGUCGCUUCUGGAGUGGAUCCCGAUUUGGUAUUCGGUGAAACUUGUGUUCAUCGCUUGGUUGGUUCUUCCUCAGUUCCAAGGAGCCGCUUUCAUCUACAACCGUUUGGUCAGGGAACAGUUCAAGAAACACGGCCUCUUCGGCUCCUCCUCCCACGGCCACCACUCCUCCAAGCACACCAAGCCUAACCUCCUCCAAUCCAUUUUCCCCCACCGGGAGGGACACGAGGCUCACUCUCACUGACGGAAAGUGAGUAGACAGAACAAACUUGCCUAGUAAUGGAGUUGGUGGUGGGUCCCCGUCUUGUUUAUGUCUAAUCUUACUUUUGCUUUUGUUUUAUUUAUAAAAAAAUGGGUUUAAGAAUGAUGAGUAAUGACUUGCAUGAGGUGUGUAAUCGUUUUAUAUUAGAAAGUGGCUUCUUGUUGUUGUAUUUCUUUAGCUUCAUCGCGUAAUUUAUAUUUGUGGGAACACAAGUUUGUUAACGCUAUUGUCAUCUCUUUUUUAAUCUAAUGAGAAUAAUUAGUCUUCCUACAUGUUAAUCUUUUUUAAUACACGUUUGCUCUUUUUUUUUGGA